CUGGAUCAAAUUUGAUCCUGGCGUUUUACAUCGACAUCCGAUACCCAUCUGGCUGCUGAAAUCAACUGAAGGUUGCUGUUCUGUGUCGUUUACAUUCACAAUUAAAAUCUGAAAACCAAGUAUUCAUUGCUUUCUCCACCUCUUUUGCAACGACUGGGCGACUGAGUCCUUGACCCUCCUGCCGUCCUGCGUACGCCAAGGGUUAGAUUUUUAUCCAACUACAGCCAUUGGCUUCGUGGCAGUAAAUGAGUGUAGCUGUUUGACGCCAUGAGUGCUAUCCAUGGACCAAAUGGUGGACUUCACCAUCGUCGGUUUUCUUCUUACUUGCAGAGGGACUUCUUCCCUGUUUUUAAGCAAUUCUCCAUCUCCCCCUAUUUCCUGGUUCCUCCCGUCUGCAUCUUGCUACCAUCAUCUUUUUUUUCAUUUGGUGCAGCUUUCAGGAGCCCAAAUGCGUUCACAGUCGCACUCACAAUACUGGAGCUUCUCCAUUAACGUCGCCUUCCUGCUGCUGCUACUACAAUUACCAUGGAACACAUCGUGGCCAUGAAAUGGUCUCCUGAGGUGAGACUACCAUAAUUCACCUAUCGAAGCUCCUCACCUAUUCAAUUGACCCCGGCGACUUCGGACUUUUCAAUCUGCCUUUUCUCUUCUCCCUUCCUCUUCUGGUCUCCCAUGCAUAUCUUCAUACGGCGAAUGAGCUUCAGGAAAAUGGCGGCACACGAUCGCGGCCACCACAGGAGAGGCCAGCUAAGCAGAGCAGAAGAAGAAAACAAGAAGCGGCAAGAGAUUUCACGCAAAGGUGGAGGUGUUACGGUUCCCCGCUGCCUCUCGUCGUUUUUUCGUCUUGAGGCGACGGGUCUUGGAGAUUCGAUGCCCCCAACGCUCCUAUGGGCACGCCAUGUCCUAUGGAUGCUGGUCCUCGCCUUCUUCGUCGCGCCUCCAGCCCAAGUCGCUGCACUGUGCCUCCCGAACCAGAGCUCGGCGCUGCUCGAGUUCAAGCAGGGACUUGCCCUCCUUCAGUCCGAUGCCCUCGGCUCUUGGACAAACGGCACCGAUUGCUGCUCCUGGUCUGGCGUCACCUGCAAUUCCUCCACCGGCUUCGUCAUCUUUCUCCAGCUUAGCGGCGUUACGGCCUCCUCACCGUCAGCCCGGACGCGGCCGAACCCCAGCAGUUUCAGCGAUUCCCUGUUUGACCUUCGACACCUGCGCUUCCUAGACCUCAGCUAUAACCAGUUCAAUGGGUCGAUUCCUUUCAGGUUGGUGGAGCUCACGGAGCUCGCCCAUCUCAACCUCUCCAACACCGGCUUCUCCGGCCAGGUCCCCUCACAGAUUUCUCAGAUGACGUGGUUGGUGUCCCUCGAUCUCUCUGACUCCUACCUCAGUUCCCAAUCUCUGAAGCUUGGGAAGGCUGGUUUCGUUGAUCUCGUGAGGAAUCUCGGCCAUUUGACAGAUCUCAGACUCGAUGGCAUCAACAUCUCCAUGAGCGGCGUCGAAUGCAUCUCUGUCCUUGCGUCUUCGCUGCCGAACCUCCAGACCCUCAGUCUCUCCAGUUGUUCGAUCUCCGGACCUAUGAACAGGUCGGUUCUGGUGAUCAAAUCGCUCGCGCACCUCGAUCUGAGUCACAAUGAUAUGUUGAAGGUCCCGGACUUCUUCAUCAAUCUCACGUCAUUGCGUUAUCUGGGGUUACGUUCGUGCUCUCUGGGGGGCAUCUUGCCUGACGGCAUUUUUAGGCUGCCUUACUUGCAACAUCUUGACAUCAGCAACAACCCGAAUUUGCAAGGCUCUUUUCCGAAAAAGCUUCCCGCAAAAAGCAGCCUUGUGAUUCUUAGUCUAUUUUACACGUAUCUGAGCGGGACAAUACCAAAGUCCAUAGGAAACCUUAGGGAGCUGAGGACAUUGAAGAUGAGCAGCUGCAAUUUCACGGGAUCGAUUCCUUCGUCAUUCUCCAAGCUCACCCGGUUGCAGAUCAUAGACAUGUCGUUCAACGGUUUUACCGGCCAGCUUCCGUCACUCUCUGCGAGCACAGUCACGGAGAUAGAUCUUUCUAUGAAUCGUUUGUUAGGACCUAUACCGGAGUCCUUUAGUGAGCUGCAAGGCCUGACGACACUGAAGCUCGACAACAACCUCCUGACCGGUCCGAUCCCCUCAGCCCUGCUUAAUCUUCCUUCUCUGAAGACGGUGGACCUCAGCAACAAUAACUUGACAGGUUCUAUCUCCCAAUUCACCAAUGCGUCCACUUUGUUGGAGACUCUUGACCUCAGCAACAAUUCCCUGAUCGGUGAGAUACCAUCUAGUAUCACAUCCUUGUCUCAACUCAAGGUUCUCGAGCUAUCCUUCAACAAUUUGAGUGGUACCGUCAACAUCUCUCUGUUCAUGGGAAUGAAGAACCUUUCGAAGUUGGGACUUUCUGAAAACAGCCUAACUGUAGCAGACGGUCCACCUCGUCCUCGGGAUGAAGUGGCGCGACUCACCACCCUGCAGUUGAGUUCAUGCAACAUUCAGAAAUUUCCGGAAUCGCUCCGUAACCAAACCAAUCUCACCAUCCUUGACCUCGGCAACAACAAUAUAAGUGGCUCGAUACCAUCAUGGCUCUGGGGCGUGCGGAAUCUCCAACAUCUGAAUCUAUCUCACAACAUGCUGACCGGUUUGGAGAAGCCGAUGGAUAUUGGUAACAGGUCCUCCUUAGUCAUGUUGGAUCUACAUUCCAACUUCUUAGGCCCGGAUCUUCCUCCAUUUCCUCCCAACGCAAUCUUCCUGGAUUUCUCAUCCAACAGGUUCACAUCAUCCAUCCCUUCGACCAUUACUUUUGCCUUCCUUUUAUACCUGUCCAUCUCCAACAAUGGUGUCAAAGGCACGAUUCCGGAAUCUCUCUGCAACUCAGCCAUACUCAAUGUGCUUGACCUUUCUAAUAAUGGUCUGGUGGGUUCAAUACCGUACUGUCUUACCAAUUCGAGCGAGUUGUCCAUACUGAACCUGCGCGAAAACCAAUUGACGGGCACAAUCCCUGAUGGGUUUGACGUUAAUUGCAGCUUAAGGACCCUCAACUUGAGAGGCAACCGGCAAACAGGGAGAUUGCCGGCAUCACUAUGCAACUGCAGCGCCUUGGAGGUUCUGGAUUUAAGCAAUAACAAUUUGACUGGUGGAUUUCCAACUCAACUAGGUUGCUUGAACAACUUGCGAGUGCUUGCCUUGCGUUCAAACAAAUUAAAUGGUCAAGUUGUCGCACCGGUAUCUAACAAGAAGCCAUUUCCCCUGCUGCAAAUCAUCGACAUCUCUUGUAACAACUUCUCUGGGACUCUUGACCCUCGAUUCUUUGAGCUUCUGACGGGUAUGAUGAAGAAAAGUGGAAAUGGCACAGCAAAGCUUCUGGGUUUCCGAUUUCUAAUUAACAUCUAUUAUCAUGACACAGUGGCGGCUACAAUCAAAGGUGUGGAUUUUCAGACGGUAAUGAUUAUGAACAUCCUGACCUCCAUUGACCUGUCAAAUAACCACUUCUCCGGUGAAAUUCCGGAAGAGAUAGGGAAAUUGUCUAGCCUUGUUAUUCUGAACAUGUCUAAAAACUCUAUAAAUGGUCCCAUUCCGAAUUCCAUGGGGAAUUUGCUUCAACUCGAAUCUUUAGAUCUUUCUAAGAACAGCUUAUCUGGUGACAUACCACAGGAGCUGGCAAAUCUCACAUUUCUUUCGGUGUUAAACCUGUCAUUCAAUGAUCUUCAAGGAAAAAUACCUGAAGCUCAACAGUUUUCUACGUUUAGUGCUAACUCAUUCAUGGGAAACCCUGGGCUUUGUGGGAUGCAAUUAGAUAUUAGUUGCACACAUUCGGGCGAGUAUGGUGCUCGGAAUCAUAAUACCCUGAAUGGGAAAACUGCUGUUGACCCAUUAAUAUACAUAGCGGCAGAGGUAGGCUUCAUCGCCGGGCUGGCUGCGAUCCUCAUACUUCUCUUCGUGGUGGUGAAGGUGAGAAAGUGGUGGUGCGGGCUUGUGGACAGAUUUGCCGAACUGUUGCUUAAGAAGCUGCAUUCAGACUGACUACAUAACAGUUUUGGUUGGGUAAAAUGUUACUGCUCCCAAAACCUAUUUAUUUUGAUGAUGAGAAGCUUUAUAUACGUUUCUGCAUCUGAUAAUUGUUCGAGCAUUGUCUGUUAAACCUGUUUUCAAAUUCCAAGUGGUUCAUAAAGAACGGCUGAUCGCACCAACUUGAAUGCACGGUUUUGUUGCCAAUUAUUCCGGAUGCAUCAUCAAACUUGCUUGAACAGAUUCUUGUUCCA